AUGGCACCGUCGGGCAGACAUUCAAUCUCUGGUCGCCCGUCGCGUCAUAGACCCGGGUCCUCCCUCAUAUCAUCGAAUAGCGCCUCAUUAGAUUCCCCUGAGGGACCUCCUACGAAGAAAAGAAAGUACGUCCCAGGUGGUCCUGGAGGAGGAGGAAGAUUCGUCGACUUUGAGGCCGCUUCUGCUGCUGCUGCUGCUGCUGCUGCCGUGGCCGACGCUGCCCAAGAAACGCCCAGGAGAGCAACUGCUCCGCGACGACACUCCACGAGCACUCGAGGCCGCCCGCCAGGUCGCGGUCGUCCUCCAGGUCGUCGCCCAGGCCGUCCCCCAGGCCGUCCCCCAGGCCGCCCACCGCGCGAACCGCGCGAAAUGGAGCAACCAUUACUAGCCCCUCCACCGCCACCGACCGUACCGACAACACCACCAUCCAUGGGUCGUCCAAGGCGCGACAAGACACAACACCUCGCUCGCUUCACCUCUUCCACAGCUGCUGCUCUUGCUCUACAGCAGGGCGAUGGGUAUAAACCACGCGAAGAACGCGGAUGGGAGGAGUUUCAUCCCGACCUGGACAUCGAUGGCAAACUAGCAGUCUUCACCGCUGCAGAGGUUGAUGCUCCAAAUCCAUCUGUGCCUGUCUUGAGCUUGGAGUCGCUAGCUGGCGCGACAGUCAUGGACCAUUCAGGAUCUCCAGUCAUUGUGUCCAGUGAAUUGGCUACCCCCAUUCCGAUCAAACGCAGGCCUGGCCGUCCACCGCGUCGUCCAGAGGCCAUCCUGAAUGCUCUCCUCGCCCAGCAAGGACAUAAGGUCAUACCGCCUCCGGGUCCCAAUCCCCGGGAGAAGUUGACACUGCCGAAGCCGUCGUUCAGAUUGCGCGACCCUUUCACAUUCUACGAGCAGAAGGGUGUUGGUAAUCAGAACUACGUUGACCGUACAAUGGCGAAUGUAGGAUACCAGGAGAGCGACCUAUUCUUGCGCCAUGACCGACGCUUUAUUCGAAUGACUGAGGGCACACAAGAAGAUGAUCUGGAUGUAAUCCAGCCUGCCAUGACGGAAGGCGAUGUCAAUACUACCAUUGGGCGUGUGGAAUACGACAUGGAUGAGCAGGACGAGAAAUGGUUGGAAGAAUACAAUGCUAAGCGUCGUGAAGAUCAACUCGAACCCAUCAAACCUGCUGUGUUCGAAAUCACCAUGACCAAAAUCGAGAGGGAAUGGCACGCCCUGGAGAAGCGCAUCCCCAAACCGAAUCCCAAGCCUCCACAAACAGGACGUCUUCGCUCCAGCUCUGCGGCUGCAGUCAACGGUGAGACUGCUGGACCGGGCGAGGAACAAGAUAGCAAGUGUGCUAUAUGUGAUGACGGCGACUGCGAAAAUGCGAAUGCGAUCGUUUUCUGCGAUGGUUGCGACCUCGCAGUCCACCAAGAGUGCUACGGUGUCCCAUUCAUCCCAGAAGGUCAAUGGCUCUGCCGCAAGUGCCAGCUACUAGGAAGAGGUUCCACAAAUUGCAUCUUCUGUCCUAAUACCGAGGGUGCGUUCAAGCAGACAACCUCGUCGAAAUGGGCUCACCUCCUCUGCUCCUUCUGGAUUCCUGAGGUUUCUAUUGGCAACCCGUCUCUUAUGGAGCCGGUAACCGACGUUGAAAAGGUUCCACGAAGUCGCUGGAAGUUGAAUUGCUACAUCUGCAAGCAGCGGAUGGGUGCAUCUAUCCAAUGCAGUAACAAAAAUUGCUUUGUUGCCUUCCACGUCUCAUGCGCCCGCAGGGCUCAACUUUAUCUGAAGAUGAAGAUUGGUCAUGGCCUUAUGGACUCCCACCUUCUCAAGGCUUUCUGCGACAAGCACGUUCCUCCUGAAUGGCAGCUGGAGCAUAAUACCGAUGUUGCAACUGCCGAUGCCAUGGAAUAUUACCGCACCACCAUGCAGGGUCGGCGCUGGGGAGACAGCCAAGCUGCGGCUCUCUCUAUGGGCCCGGCGCACCCCGAUGACGGAGGCGAAGAGGAUCGCACACUCACACCUCGCAUUACCCUGACUGUGGGCGGCAAUAAACGAAGGCGCGUUCCCAGAAUGAUUUGGAAGCUUCCCUCGGGUGCUCCUGUGAUCCCUCAGGUUGUGCUGAAUUCGGUAAUUGCCUCUCUUGGACGAUUCACGGUUCGCCAAAGAAAGCAGUAUGCCGAGGAUGCAUCUAAAUAUUGGACCCUUAAACGAGAGGCGAGACGUGGAGCAGCAUUGCUCAAGCGGCUUCAGUUGCAGCUAGAGACAUUCUCAUCUAUGGAAAUGACCCGAAGAGACUAUGUGGCGAUGGGUGUUACCGGGCACAAACGUCUGGAGCGUCGCAUUGAGUUUGGUGAGCGACUUUACAAGGACUUGGAUCGAUUGAGAAUGCUAUGUGAUGAAGUGAAGAAAAGGGAGAGGGAGAAGUUGAAGGAUGCGGAGAUGCUUCGCAGCAUCGUCGAUAUUGUCUACUUCCCCUUGUUCCCACUGCUUUGGCCCAUCUUUGAGAAAGCGCAACUGCUCGACAGCAAGGGUCUGUUUGCAGCUGGUCUGAUGUCCAUCCGGCAGAGACUCACCGAACGUUUCUAUCCUUCCGUUGCUUCCUUCUCCACCGAUCUGGCCAGUCUUUUUACGUCAGAAAUCGGCGUGGAGCCGGCUGGUGACACCGCCGAACUCCAAGCGCAGAUCAGUGGUCGUGCCCCGGAGCUCAGCUUGGAGCAACGUGAGAAGCGAAAAUUGGCCAAGAGGAUCAUCAAAGUCAUUCAGCCUUCACUGGAAGAUGCAAUCAGGAAGGAGAGUGAGCUCAACCGCAAACCAUUCGAGCAGGAAUUGAAGGAAUUAGAUGCGCUUCUCGACCGCAGUGUCAUCUCGCGUGGCAUUUCCAUUGAGCCAGAAGGUGAUACUGUGCUAUCUGCUCACCCUGAUGCUAUGGAGGGUGUCGAACCUACACUUCCUACAACGGAAGCUCCAUCCGAAGCCCAGCCUGCUGCAGACGACCAACCCCCUAAUGUUUCUGCGGCAGAAGAUCAACCAAUGGCAGAAGAGCAAACACCUGCUGAACAGCUUCCGGAGGCUGCCCCCACGUUUUAUAGACACCCAACACCUAUCCUGACUGAGCAGGAUCAGCAGCUGCCUUUGGCUCAGGGUGGUAUUCAAUGGUACAUGCAGCCGUUCGACCCCGUUGGUACGACUAUUCACGAGGAACGGUGGACUGGACGAGAUGUCAUGCGCGGCAUGAGUGAAGAGCUCAGUGAAUUGGACGAAGAUGAGCUUGAAGGGCUGAAGGACUUGGUGAACGAUGGGGAGUUCAAGGCCCAGGCCCCCACCCCGGUCGCGCCACCACAGAGUACUCGCCAGACUCGACGUUUACGCGCACGAUGA